GCACUGCGCCUGCGCAUGUUUGCGGCACUGCCCCUGCGAAUGUUUUGCCUGCAGUCUGGGCACUUUCUUAGAGCUCUCACAGCUUUCUGCCAACUCUGCAGGGGUUGCACUCCCUUGCCCAGCCUUCACCAGCGCAUGUCAGUCCCGGUCAGCCAAGUCAGCCAAGUUGCCAAUUAAAGGUUUUGAGAACCUAUGGCGGUGGUGGUGGACGCACAGACCGAGGGGCUCCGACAGCUCGAGCGCGCGGAGCGGCUUUUGGAGGUUGGCACAGGACCCAGGAGCCGCCGGACACCGGUGCACAAAUCCUUGGAGCAACUCUUUGGGGAGGCUCGAGCGCGGUCUCAGAGCUAUGCCAGCGCCUUUGCCUCUGCACCACGGCUGCUGCAGACACCCCAGGCACAGCGACUAGAACGCGAUGUGGCUGACUUCACCUUGGUCGCUCCGCAAACUGCCGCGGCCAAGCCGAGUACGGAUGUAGAUCAGCCAUCGCUGAGCUUGCAAGAGUUCUUUUCCUCCCGGCAUGAACGCGUCAUUGUUGAGACGGUGGAGGAAAGCUACAGAGACUGCUUGAGGUCUUGUGAACGGCACUCCUUUGACCGGCUCCACGGGGACUGGGAGGAAGCCAAGGCACAGUUCUUGGGAAACUUGCAGCGCCUGGGGCAGGGCUCUGCGGUGCUUGCGCUGUGCUCGGACGGCGCGGCAGUCCCAGCAGUGGCAGCAGUGCCACCACCGCAGGAUGCGGCCAUCAUCGAUGCCUUGCUGGGCGAGACAAUGGGGCCGCCGUUGGUGCAGAGGAUCGCCCAACUGAGCAGCACUAGCUCCCCUUCCUUCCAGCCCGAGCUGACGGAGUGUUGGAACAUCGUGAGCCAUGAGCUGAAGAUGACCCUGGGCGGUGUGACUUCUGGCGCCAUUGGCUACCUCCAAAUGCGCUUCUUUGAGGAGGUCAAGGCUUUCGUGUACAAUCACCUGGAUGCACACCUGGGCGGCAUCCCAGAUGCCUGGUCGUUGGUCAAGGCCCACGGGCGCCUGAAGUUCCAGACGUCGACCUUCCCCAGCAACGCUACCCACGUGUGGUACGCCGCCUUCGUGGCCGCCCGUGCUGGGCUCACUGAGCUGCUGCUGGAGCUGCCGCAGCGCGCAGCUCCCACCUCCGAGCAGUGCCCCAUGCUGCGGGGUGUGUGCUCCCUCAUGGCCAAGCGGCUGCAGGCAGCGGACCCGUCGCAGCCUGCUGCCCUGGCCGGUGCGCAGGUGGACUCCGCCGACCUCUUGCGGGCAGAUGUGGAGGAGAGCUCGGGCUUUCACGAUGUGCUGGUGUCCCUUCUGCUUGGCCGGGGCUUUGCUUUUGGUCGCCUGCCAGAGGGAACCGUGGAGGAUUGGCUUUGGUACCGCCUGCACCUUGUGCAUUUGCUUGGCCAGGACGACGACCAAUCACCCGAGUUCAAGCAGCAGCUGGAGAAACUGCGGUACCAGGCUGCCUCACUGGGACCUUCUCACUUUGAUCCGGUGGAUGGUGAUGCACCAGGUGUCGCCAGCACUGCAAUGCAGACAUUGAAUUCAGUCAAAGCCUUGCUGUUGACCGCACAGUUUGGGCGAGCUGUGCAGCAGCUGCAAGUGCAGGACCGCAGCUUGCGCGCGGUGGCAUUGCAUUUGGCACUGGUGCUACGCCGCAGCGGCACACUGGAGGCGCUCUCUGUGCUGGAGCCAGCUUUGGAUGUCUCGGCAUUCGUUUGCGACUAUGCCUCCAACUUCGCCUGCCGGGACCAGCUCCAGUACUUUCGCGCCCUGGACGCGGCGGAACGAGUCAAAGCCUUGCAGAGACUGCUUCUUUCUGGUGUGGGUGCUGGUGAUGAGUUGUUGGGCUACAUUGACCCCAAUGGUCGGCACAGGCCUGGCCUGCUGGAGAGAACUUUGCAAGAGGAGGGCACCGGAGAUCAGGCCGAGUUCGUUGAGCUCUGCGCACGUGCUGGCCGCCAGGCCUGCGAGCAGGGCCAGUACCGUGAAGCCAUUCGCUUACUGCACCUGGGAAGGUGUCACAGCGAAGUGCUGCAGGUCCUGUGCCGUUGUCUACGGCUACCGAUCUGGCGUGAGCAGGACUCGCAGGGCGAGGCAAUGAACCUGGCGCAGGAUAUUCAGCGUUUCUUCGACAUCUAUGAGCGCAAUCUUGACCGAUACGCUCUCUCGUCACAGGUAUGGGCCAUUGCACGGAAGCUCUAUGCUGCGCGCAUGUUCCAUAGCUUUUGUGACCGAGGCCAGCCGGAAGCAGCGCUGGAUGUGUUCGACCGGGAGCAGCUGCUCGCGUUGGGAUCUGAUUCGCUUGAGGCAUCCGAGGAGAUUUGGGCCGAGUACCCUCGGAUUGUUUCAGACUACAUCCGCGUUCUGAGUCACGCUGCACGCGGGGCAAUGCCAACCUACGCGCUGCAGGAGCGCUUGCGACAGCUUCAGUGUUUCCUGGCACGCUACAACCGGCUGGUGCUGGACCAGGAGACACAUGCUGCACUCGCAAAGCUUGCGUUAUGUUGCUGAAGCAGAAGCUGCAAAGCCGGCAGAGCAAGUGGAGAGCCGCGCUUGGAACAAGGGGGC